CUUUGCUUUGGUAAAACUGAUAGCAAAACUAAAAUGAGCAAUACAUAUUUCUAGUCACUAGAGAGAGCAUAGUAUAUGUGUGUUUUGUGUAAAGAAUGACUAAAAUUAACCUCUGAUGAGGUCCAAAUUAACGAAGUGCGUAGAUAAAAUAAUAUGACUCACAAUCUUAUUCUAUAGCAACAUACAUCAACUUCAAAUGGUCAGGAAAAGUACAAGCGGUGGAGUGAAUCCCGCAGUAAAGGGUGGGGGUACUAUGCCCACUAAUGAAGAAUGUGGAAUUCGUGAUGUUUGGGCUCACAAUCUUGAAGAUGAAUUUCGUACGAUUCGACAAGUUGUACAACAAUACCAGUACAUCGCGAUGGACACAGAGUUCCCGGGGGUUGUUGCAAGACCCAUAGGCGAAUUUAGAACUAGUGCAGACUAUCAAUAUCAAUUGUUACGUUGUAAUGUAGACCUUUUACGAAUCAUUCAGUUGGGACUUACAUUUCUCGAUGAGUCGGGUAAUACUCCAGGAGGUGGUUUUACUACUUGGCAAUUCAACUUUAAAUUUAAUUUGCAAGAAGAUAUGUACGCACAGGACAGCAUAGACAUGUUACAAAAUAGUGGUAUUCAAUUUAAAAAACACGAAGAAGAAGGUAUCGAUCCAUUGGAUUUUGCAGAAUUACUCAUGACAUCUGGAAUUGUAUUGAUGGAUGACAUCAAAUGGCUAUCAUUUCAUUCGGGUUAUGACUUUGGGUAUUUAUUAAAACUCCUCACCGAUCAAAAUUUACCUCAAGAAGAAAGCGAGUUUUUUGAGCUUCUAAGGAUAUAUUUUCCAACGAUUUAUGAUGUAAAAUACUUAAUGAAGUCCUGUAAGAAUUUGAAAGGUGGAUUACAAGAAGUCGCAGAACAAUUAGAAUUACAGCGAGUUGGACCACAGCAUCAAGCAGGUUCCGAUUCACUUCUAACAGGAAUGGUUUUCUUUAAAAUGCGCGAGAUGUUUUUCGAGGAUAAUAUUGAUGAUGCAAAAUAUUGUGGUCAUUUGUAUGGUCUGGGUACAUCGUUUGUUGUGAAUGGAUCUGGAGGAUACCUAGAUAGUAAUGGAGAUAACUCUUCAUCUUCUUAAAGAGUUUACAAACAUUCAACACAAUGCAAUCAUGGAUGUGUUCUUUUAUUUUAUGAACGAAGACUUCGACUUUUUUUUUCUCAUAAUUUUUCUUUAUCAAAAAAUAUUCAGAUGAUUAUAUUGAUUAUAUCAAAGUAAAUACAUAAAACAAAAAAAUUCAUAAUUUUUUUCAAACAAUUAUAAACAUUUUUCAUUUGUAUUUAUAUUCGAAUUUUGUAAAUGAAUAAUUCAAAAAAGUACAUCAACUGACAUUUUGUUUCUAAUUAAUGUUUGAAAAAUUAUUAAAAAUUCAAUAAAUUAGUUAUAUUAUUUUAAUUUA